GUUUGUUUAUCAAGAAAUAGUGUUUUCUCUUGACUGUUUUGGUUUGUUGUUACGUAAAGGUGAUGCGUAAAGAUGGACAUACUAGUCAUCACUAUACUAAGCAUAACAUACCAUAAUUACUAAACUGUUUUGGUUUGUUGUUACGUAAAGGUGAUGCGUAACGAUGGAUAUACUAGUCAUCACUAUACUAAGCAUAACAUACCAUAAUUACUAAACUGUUUUGGUUUGUUGUUACGUAAAGGUGAUGCGUAAAGAUGGAUAUACUAGUCAUCACUAUACUAAGCAUAACAUACCAUAAUUACUAAACUGUUUUGGUUUGUUGUUACGUAAAGGUGAUGCGUAAAGAUGGAUAUACUAGUCAUCACUAUACUAAGCAUAACAUACCAUAAUUACUAAACUGUUUUGGUUUGUUGUUACGUAAAGGUGAUGCGUAAAGAUGGAUAUACUAGUCAUCACUAUACUAAGCAUAACAUACCAUAAUUACUAAACUGUUUUGGUUUGUUGUUACGUAAAGGUGACGCGUAACGAUGGAUAUACUAGUCAUCACUAUACUAAGCAUUGUAGCUGGUAUCCUGUUGGCGUCCAUUGCUGCGUCUGGGAUAUACUACGUUCUGAGAACCAGGAACGACAAACGGCAAGGACAUACACUCCGAGAUGGAAAAAAGAAACUUGCUUUGCCACAAGACGACUCAUACGUCAUUUACCAGGACGAAUCACUAGUUAAUAUAGAAAGUAUUGCUGUCCAACCCGAGACACGUAGGCCAAUCCUAUCACCAGAUGACGUAUACCCACCCGUCAAAGAAGAAGAAACAGAUGACUACUUGUUAGAGAGUUUAGAGAUGGACUUUAGUGCUACUGGUGGUGUGCCCCCGGAUGAAAUGGUGGAACGCAAAGGAUCAUUGGAGUUUUUGCUGCAUUUCUAUCAGCUAAGUGCCACUCUGACACUGACGCUGGUGCGCUUAUCUGAUUUACCGCGGAGAACUGAUACSAAUCACUCCCCCGACCCUCAAGUCGAACUCGAAGUYAAAUAUGGCCAUGACAGCAAAGUGAAGUCAGAAAUUUACCAAAAUACUUCAAACCCACAUAUGUACGAGAGCUUUCGCUUUGAAAUCCCUGUAAACGAGCUUGGUAGCCAGACCUUAUGCUUUCGCGUGACGGAUAUGAUGGAGACUGGGAUUCCAGAGCCAAAACCCCCCACACCACCCCCACCAACCAAAGGAAGAAAGAAACAGCCUCCUCCACCUCCUUGGGUUCCACCACCUCCACCAUCKCCUGCAUUGAUAGGUAUUGUAACGGUUCCCCUGGCUAGUGUUCCCAUGAAGAAACUACURUCCGACUCCGAGAUCACCAUAGUACGAGACAUCAUCAAAUUAAAACGAAAAAGCCGCCAAUUAGUAGAAUUGGGCGAUAGCACCGCUGGUGAGACUAUUCUAUCGACCACCACUGAGGACGAAGGGCCUGAAAUCUUUGAUACCGAGGAUGCGCUCACAGCUGAAUCGAGUACUGAAACAAUGUCUGAGAUAACAGCCACAGAUGAAGUGGAGAAG